ACUUUAUCUUCAACAGAUGGAGAGAGUAAAAGAAAACAUCCUGAUACGCGAGCCCCUCUCGCUCCGCUGGCUCGUGCUGGGCGCGCUGAGCUGUGCACUAGCAGCGUUGGCUCUGCUGGCAGCGGGGGACCUACUGCCGGAACCACUCACGCGAGCCGCCGAACCCACCAGGUUUAUUGCGGAGAACGCGCAUGGACACCUUGUUAACCUAACUUCUAUUGGCCCUAGGGUCGCGGGCAGCUACGGGAACGAAGUGCUAGCGGUGGGUGUGCUAGUGGGCGCACUGCGUGAGAUCGCGGCCGGCGCUGCAGCGCAUCACAUCCUAGAGAUAGACGUGCAUACAGCUAGCGGCGCGUUUUCACUGUCCUUUCUGGAUGGCAUGAACAACGUCUACCGUGACGUCCAAAGCGUAGUGGCGCGACUGUCGGCGCGCGGAGGCCGCCCGCCGCCCGCGAGCCGAAGAAACGCACUUCUCAUCAACUGUCACUUUGACACCGUGCCUGACAGUCCUGGCGCCAGCGACGAUGGCGCGGGGUGUGCCGUGGGGUUAGAAACAUUGCGGGCGCUGGCCGCGGCCCCUGCGCCGCACCCGCACGAUGUUAUAUUACUGCUGAACGGUGCUGAAGAAAACAUCAUGCAGGCUUCCCACGCCUUCAUAACCACCCACAAAUGGGCGCCCUCCGUCCGAGCGUUCAUCAACGUGGAGGCGUGCGGUGCCGGCGGGCGGGAGGUGCUGUUCCAGGCCGGGCCCCACGACCCCUGGAUCAUGGAGGUGUACGCAUCAUCGGUGCCGCAUCCGUUCGCAUCGUCUCUGGCGCAGGAGAUAUUCGAGAGCGGCCUUAUCCCCGCCGAUACCGACUUUAGGGUGUUCCGGGACUUUGGGAACUUGUCCGGUGUGGACUUGGCUUGGAGCGCGAACGGCUAUGUGUACCACACCAGUCUGGACACAGCCGACCGAGCACCACCCUCCACACUGCAGCGCACUGGAGACAAUGUGCAGGCCCUCGCUAAAGGGCUACUCCAAAGCGGUCGCCUCUCCCGGAAAGUGGAACGCACGGCCGGGCAGCCGGUAUUCUUCGACGCUCUCGGCAUAGGUCUCGUGUUGCUGCGGUCCCACGCCGCGGUCGCUGUCGCCAUGGCGGCCGUCGCCGCCGCCGUGCUGAGGGUCAAGCUCCAUGCCGGCUUGGCGAGGGAUGAAUUAUACAUGAAGCCAGGGCAAUGGCUGCGUCUGGUGGUGACCACCCUCGGGCUGGGCCUGGCGGGCGCGCUGUGCGGGCUGGGCUGGGCCGCGGUCUCCGGGGCGGUGUUGCACGCCGCGGCCGCUCUGGCCUUCUACAGCGACCCCUGGUUGUUAGCCCCGCUCUACGCCGGCCCUGCGGUGGCGGUGUGGUGGCUGGCCACGCUGCGGUUAACCCGGCACUUGGCGCCGGCGCUGCGCGGCUGGGCGCGCGCGCGGCUCGCGGGCGACGCGCUGUGCGUGGCGUGGGCCGCGCUGCUACUGUUGUGCACGCUACGGGCACUGCGCUCGGGGUUCAUCCCAGCCCUAUGGACGGUAGGGCUGUCCACUUGCGGCCUCGUGGCGUACUCGCUGCGCCUGCGCGGCGGCGCCGCCCUGCUCUGCUGGAGUGUGGGCGCUGCGCUGCCCGCGCUGCAGACCGGAUACGUGGCGCUCGACGCCUUGACCAUGUUCGUGCCCAUCAUGGGCCGCGCUGGACCAGUGCCGCACGACGUCAGGCUGUCCACUUGCGGCCUCGUGGCGUACUCGCUGCGCCUGCGCGGCGGCGCCGCGCUGCUCUGCUGGAGUGUGGGCGCUGCGCUGCCCGCGCUGCAGACCGGAUACGUGGCGCUCGACGCGCUCGCCAUGUUCGUGCCCAUCAUGGGCCGCGCUGGACCAGUGCCGCACGACGGCUGUCCACUUGCGGCCUCGUGGCGUACUCGCUGCGGCACCGCCCUGCUCUGCUGGAGUGUGGGCGCUGCGCUGCCCGCGCUGCAGACCGGAUACGUGGCGCUCGACGCGCUCGCCAUGUUCGUGCCCAUCAUGGGCCGCGCUGGACCAGUGCCGCACGACGGCUGUCCACUUGCGGCCUCGUGGCGUACUCGCUGCGGCACCGCCCUGCUCUGCUGGAGUGUGGGCGCUGCGCUGCCCGCGCUGCAGACCGGAUACGUGGCGCUCGACGCCUUGACCAUGUUCGUGCCCAUCAUGGGCCGCGCUGGACCAGUGCCGCACGACGGCUGUCCACUUGCGGCCUCGUGGCGUACUCGCUGCGGCGCCGCCCUGCUCUGCUGGAGUGUGGGCGCUGCGCUGCCCGCGCUGCAGACCGGAUACGUGGCGCUCGACGCCUUGACCAUGUUCGUGCCCAUCAUGGGCCGCGCUGGACCAGUGCCGCACGACGGCUGUCCACUUGCGGCCUCGUGGCGUACUCGCUGCGGCGCCGCCCUGCUCUGCUGGAGUGUGGGCGCUGCGCUGCCCGCGCUGCAGACCGGAUACGUGGCGCUCGACGCCUUGACCAUGUUCGUGCCCAUCAUGGGCCGCGCUGGACCAGUGCCGCACGACAUAGUGAUGGCCGUGGUAUCGGCGUCGCUGGCAAUGGCAGGUUGCUCCUGGCUGCUACCGCUGGUGGUGGUCGCUCGGAGACCACAUCGGCUAGUUGCAGCAAUUCUGGUGCUACAAGCAGUCACGUUGGCUGCAGUACUGUUGACGCCGUUGGGUAACCCUUACAGUCCCACACGGCCGCAGCGACUAAUGGUGUUCCACACGCGUCGCACCGACCACGUGACGGGGAGCCAGGAGCAUCUAUUCUGGCUGCCCGACCUGGACACCAACUCGCCGCACUCGCUCGACCCGUACGUGGCCGCAUUCAAGUCAGCCGUCCCGACCUCCGAUACGGAGUGUACGCGCUGGGUGUACUGCGGCGCGCCCUACUACCUGCCGGCGCGCGCCGUCGUGCCCCGAGGACACGCCGCGUCUGCGCCGUCACCACCACUCACUAAAAUAGAUGUACAGUUGAAGCUGGAAAGGAACCCCGAUGUGUUCCGGAUGAAUGUUACGGGGCCUUCGCAUGUGGUGGUAAUCCUGUCCCCCGUGGAAGGCGUGAAAGUGUCCCGCUACACGGCUAGCGGGGCCGGGGGCGGAGUCCCUCGUCCGGCGCAGCCCUGGGGCUCCCGGGAGACUUACUUCCUGGCGCUGCACGACGCGCGCAAACCGGCGGUCUGGCAUCUCGCCUUCCAUUUAGAGUUGGAAGAUGGCGCCUCACCGCCCAAAGGCGCCUGGGUGGACAUAUCAGUGGCGGGUCACAGCCUGUCCGGGCCGACCAAGGAAGCGCCCGCGCUGAAGGAACUACUGGCCUCCCUACCGCCGCAUACGGCGCCAGCCGCCACUGGGUGGGGCGUUGAUUUACACUUGUAUAGAGUGUAG